GGACGGGAGUUAGACUUGACACGGACGGCUCAGACACAGGCUACUACUACUACUACUACUACUACUACUACUACUACAACUACAACUACUACUCCUACGAGAACUACUGCUGCUCUGAGACGUCGUUUCACAAACUAUCGGGACGAAUGAAGACUGGAGGACCUUUACGGAUUUGGGCGCAUAAUGUUGGGAUGGAGUUUCGAGACUUGUUUGGGUCCACGGAAGACUAGACUCGGUUCCUCUAACUUGUCGCCGGCUCUGCUGGAUGCGCUCCUCUUCUAUGUUGGAUUAUUAUUGUCGCUUUUCGUGAACUCGCAACGAUUAUCUGUCGCCUCUCUGUCGCUCACCCUCUUUGGACUAUGGCCUCGGAUCGCGGGGUCCCAGGGUCCGGCGUCUAUGGAGAUUUACCCCCGAGUUAUACGCGCUCCCAGCCGCCUGAAAACCCAGACCUCCUCCGGAGACCGAGCUACUGCCACGCUGCUUUCGCACUUAAACAGAUCUCAAAGGGGAAGGCGGUAGGUCAGAAAGCUCCUCUUUGGAUCCGGGCCAGGUUCCAGGCCCUCCUGUUCUCUCUGGGUUGCCACAUCCAGAGGCAUUGUGGGAAGGUACUCUUUAUCGGACUCUUAGUGUUCGGCGCCCUGUCUGUGGGACUCCGAGUGGCUGCCAUCGAAACGGACAUCGAACAGCUAUGGGUGGAAGCGGGCAGUCGGGUAAGCACAGAGCUUCGUUACACCAAGGAGAAGCAGGGAGAGGAGUCAGUAUUUACCUCACAGAUGCUCAUUCAGACCCCCAAAGAAGAGGGCACCAAUAUUCUUACCCAGGAAGCAAUGCUGGUUCACAUGGAGGCCGCCCUGUCUGCCAGCAAGGUCCAGGUGUCGCUGUUUGGAAAAUCCUGGGAUCUUAACAAAAUAUGCUAUAAAUCAGGAGUUCCUAUUAUAGAAAAUGUCAUGAUUGAAAGGAUGAUUGACAAGCUAUUCCCCUGUAUGAUAAUCACUCCAUUGGACUGUUUUUGGGAUGGGGCCAAACUUCAAGGAGGUUCCGCCUAUUUACCGGGAAUGCCAGAUAUCCAGUGGAUGAAUCUGGAUCCAGUGAAGCUGAUGGAGGAGCUGAGUCAGUUCACUUCACUAGAGGGAUUCAAAGAGAUGUUGGACAAAGCACAGGUGGGGCAUGCCUAUAUGAACAGACCAUGUUUAGACCCCUCAGACCCUGACUGCCCCCUCAGUGCCCCCAACAAGGAGCAAGGAGAGAGUCCUGACAUUGCCGGGCGUCUCCAGGGUGGUUGCCAUGGAUUCAGCCGGAAGUUCAUGCACUGGCAGGAGGAGCUGAUCCUGGGAGGGCGGAUAAAGAGUAAUCAGGAUGCUCUGCUGAGUGCGGAGGCUCUACAAACCAUGUUCCUGUUGAUGAGUCCCAAGCAGCUGUACGAGCACUUUAAAGACGACUACGAAAUCCACGACAUCAACUGGAAUGAGGAAAAGGCCACCGCCAUCCUCGAGUCCUGGCAGAGGAAAUUUGUGGAGGUGGUCCACCAGAGUAUCCCAGAUAACUCCACCCAGUCCCUCCAUGCUUUUUCCACCACCACCCUCAAUGACAUCAUGAAAUCCUUCUCUGAUGUCAGCGUCAUCAGGGUGGCUGGAGGAUACCUGCUCAUGCUGGCCUACGCCUGUGUAACCAUGCUAAGGUGGGACUGUGCCAAAUCCCAGGGGGCUGUGGGACUGGCUGGGGUGCUGUUAGUGGCUCUGUCUGUGGCUGCAGGACUCGGUCUCUGCUCCCUGCUUGGGCUGUCCUUCAACGCUGCUACUACACAGGUGCUCCCCUUCCUUGCACUUGGGAUUGGUGUGGAUGACAUGUUUCUGUUGGCUCAUUCCUUCACUGAAGCUGGGACUAACAUCCCCUUCAAGGAACGGACAGGAGAUUGUUUGCGUCGCACCGGCACUAGUGUGGCUCUGACUUCCAUCAACAACAUGAUUGCCUUCUUCAUGGCAGCUCUUGUACCCAUCCCUGCGUUGCGAGCUUUCUCUUUGCAGGCGGCCAUUGUGGUCGUGUUUAACUUUGCCAUGGUGCUGCUCAUCUUCCCCGCCAUCCUCAGCCUGGACCUCCACAGGCGGGAGGACAAGCGUUUGGAUGUGCUCUGCUGCCUGUACAGCCCCUGUGCUGACCGUGUCAUCCAACUCUCCCCGCAUGAGCUGUCGGAUGCUGGAGAGCAGCCUAACACACCUACGACCACUACAGCCCACACACACCAGUACACGGGAGGGUCGACAAUCACCACCAGCACCCAGAUCACCACCACGGUGCAGGCGUUCACACAGUGUGAUGCAGCAGGCCAGCAUAUCGUCACCAUCCUGCCACCUACAUCUCAGAUCUCCACCAGCCCAACAUCCAUCAUCGUCUGCCCACCAUCACAGCCUCAAGCCAUCACACCUUCCCCCACCACCACCUCUGUGCCAGACCCCUAUGGAUCCCAGCUCUUCACCCCAACCUCCAGCUCCACACGGGACCUGCUCGCCCAGGUGGAGGAUUCCAAAUCAGGAAAGAAGUGUGUCCCGCUCCCUUUCCUGCACUGGAACCUGUCCAGCUUCGCCAGGGACAAAUAUGCCCCUCUGCUCCUCAAGCCUAAAAGCAAAGCAAUCGUGGUGGUUUUCUUUCUGGGCCUCCUGGGCCUCAGCCUCUACGGGACUACCAUGGUGCACGACGGACUCUACCUUACAGACAUCGUGCCACGCGACACCAAGGAGUAUGACUUCAUCGACGCCCAGUUCAAAUAUUUCUCCUUCUACAACAUGUAUCUGGUGACCAUGGAUGGGUUCGAUUACGCGCGGUCGCAGAGACUGUUGAUCCAGCUACACAAUGCCUUUAACUCUGUGAAAUACGUGGUCAGAGACAGCGACGGAAAACUACCCCGGAUGUGGCUGCACUACUUCCAGGACUGGCUCAGAGGUCUUCAGGCUGCAUUUGAUGCUGACUGGCAGGCAGGGAGGAUUACCACUGACAGCUAUCGCAACGGCACAGAGGACGGAGCACUGGCUUACAAGCUCCUCAUCCAGACUGGCUCCAAGAAAGAGCCUUUUAACUACAGCCAGCUGACUUCUCGCCGUCUGGUGGAUGCAGAGGGUUUGAUCCCCCAGGAGGUGUUUUACAUUUACCUGACAGUCUGGGUCAGCAAUGAUCCCCUUGGCUAUGCUGCCUCCCAGGCUAACUUCUACCCACAUCCUAGAGAGUGGAUUCACGACAAGUAUGACACUACAGGGGAGAAUCUGCGCAUCCCAGCUGCAGAGCCCCUGGAGUUUGCCCAGUUCCCCUUCUACCUGAACGGCCUUCGCCAGGCCAGCGACUUUGUAGAGGCCAUCGAGAGUGUGCGGGCCAUCUGUGACGAGUUUGGCCGCAAGGGUGUGUUCAACUACCCAAACGGAUACCCCUUCCUCUUUUGGGAGCAGUAUAUCGGCCUCAGACACUGGUUCCUGCUGGCCAUCAGUGUGGUUCUGGCCUGCACUUUCCUGGUCUGUGCCAUUCUGCUGCUCAAUCCCUGGACCGCCGGCAUCAUUGUGUUCAUUUUGGCUAUGAUGACAAUGGAGCUGUUUGGCAUCAUGGGUCUGAUCGGCAUCAAGCUUAGUGCCAUACCUGUGGUCAUCCUUAUCGCCUCUGUGGGCAUCGGAGUGGAGUUCACCGUCCACAUUGCACUGGGCUUCCUGACAGCGAUUGGCAACAGAAACAAGCGCUCGGCGGUGGCUUUGGAGCACAUGUUCGCCCCGGUGGUUGACGGAGCGAUUUCUACUCUGCUGGGCGUUCUCAUGCUGGCAGGCUCCGAGUUUGACUUCAUCAUGAGGUAUUUCUUUGCUGUGUUGGCCAUUUUAACUGUUCUGGGGAUGCUAAACGGCUUGGUUCUCCUGCCGGUCCUUCUCUCCAUGAUGGGUCCUCCAGCUGAGGUCAGUCCUGUAGACAAUGCCAGUCGCCUGCCCACUCCUUCACCUGAGCCCCCUCUGCCGCCACCCAUGACCCACCACGGGUACUUCACAGGCCACCACAACCCGCGCUCAUCUCGUCAGCAGGCAUUUUCGGAGUCGUCGGACUCUGAGUAUUACUCGGAGGUGACCACCACAUCAGGGAUUGGAGAGGAGGAGUAUAAGUACUGUGACAGGAGCGCCUACAUCACAUCGCACACCAGCGCUCCAUCUACAACAUCUCACAUUCUGCUAGAAGCCAGCAAGAAUCCCAGCUUCCCAAAGCUUACGGUGGUGAAGCCAUUCAGAGAGAAUGCGACAGGCACUGGUGGAAGGAUAGAACCGAAAAAUGAAUCCUCCCAUAUUGCACAGUCACCUCUGGGCUCCCAGCUAACCUGCUGGGAUGGAAACAAGCGGGAGUCAAAGCAGGGCCCCCAGAGGCUCCAGGGACCCCCUGGGCAACACUUACCCAGCAACAGAGCUCACUUCCCUGGGAGGACUUGUCAAAGCAGCCCCAGGCACAGCAGCAGAGGGCCUCAGCCAAACAGGACUAAAGGGCCUAGCUAUAGCAAUAGCAACUCUGCCCUGCCGACACAACAAGGAUCUGCUGGGGGGGCUGUUACCAUGGUAACAGCCACAGCUUCCGUGACUGUUGCAGUGCAUCCGACCUUGCCGGGGACGGCUUACCAAGGCUACAUGCAUGAAGGUUUUGAAACUGACAGUGAGUCAGACUGUUUUGAGGCUGCUAAGAGGACCUGUGGUGGCAAAACAAACUUUUCUUCAUGUAAGAGAGACUCUUUAGAGCUCCAGGACCUGGAAGCAACACAGAGCCAGACGGAGAAUCAGAUCAGCAAGACACAAGGUGGGUUGAGGAUCCAGGCACCCAAAGAUUGCUAGAAUCCUUCUUGCUGCCUUCUUGCUGCCUUCUCCCAGGCUGCUUCGCAGAGCACCUUGACGCCCAACUCACAUUAUGUCUUGAACUCUCAUCUGUACAUAAACUUUACACAAAAAAGGAGAGGAUUUAUUUCAAGGACAUGUUAAGAGAAAAAGAAAAAAGACAUUUUAUGAAUUAUAUAAAUCUAUGAGUAUAUAUUUUAAUACUAAAAAAGAAGGAAGCUAUUUAAAAGAGUACUGUAUAACUUGGGUAUACUCUUGUGUAAAAGUUCAGAUGUAAAAGAUUAUUUGUUUUUGUGGGGCGGUUGAUUUUUUUCCUCCCCUCAUACUGUAUAGAAUAAGAAAUGUCCUAUAUGUAAAAAGUGUCCAGAAAAAGUGAGAUGUUAUUAUUAAGAUAUUAGGCUAUUGAAUAUACGUGUCAGUGUUUUAUUUCUAUUUGUAAUAUUUUGUUUUGGUUUGUUUUUUUGCUGCUACACUUCAAAAAUAAUUUUAAGUGAUUUGCCUUAAGAAAAUGCAGUACCCCCCUCUCCCCCCUCUGGUUUUUAGUCCGUAUAACUUUGUACACAGUAUUAUACUGUGAUUUAUUCUGCAUCUGAUGCACUCUGUUGUAUUUUUAAGUGUAGACGCCUCUGUCACAGUGUGCACUGUAAGAAAAUAGCAGAGGGUUACACUGCAGAUAAUGUCGUCCUAACAGAUGAAACCGUUGUGCCUUCAAGUUGUCCCCUCCCCUUUAUUCUCACAGCAUGCAGAGCUCAGUAUUAACUUCUCACUUUGGUGGGAAGAAAUGUUUGACCUAUUUGUCUAGAAGCAGUAACAGACUGAUGUUUUUUCAUUAUCACCAUCAUCUGUCCACCUCAAAUUGUUGUCCUCUGCAGUUUUAAACUACUUGAAGGAGCUGUGAAAGAUUUAUUUUUUUCUUCUGCAGUUUUUGUAAGCUCUACAGUGGGUGAAGUUCAAAUUUGUCACUUUGUGUCUGACAGCUGCGUUUCACACCUCUUUGUUUAACUUUUAAAGGGAAUUUAAAAAAAAAAUCCAAUGCAAAGGGAGUGAUAACAUUAUAUUUUAUUAUUUGUUUGACUUUGUCCUGUUUUCUUUGCUGGCUGCUUUGGGUUUAAAAACACGUUCAUGUCGUUGCCCUGUGCAAAUAUUACAGUACUGCUUCAGUCUUCAUGAUGCUUCCACCUGCUCUGACUCACUAAUUCUCAUUCUCAUUCAACCUCAUGUAUGCCUUUUGUCAUUUGUAGGCCUCUCAUGUAAUUUGCUUUAAUACGUUUUGUUAUUUCUGUUCAGUAUUGGUCUCAUCACUGCCAGGUUUAAUGCAGGGAAACAUGUCAGAUCUAUUUGUUAACGUCAUUUUGAAGUGGCAGCUUUGGUUUCUUUUGUCAAAAAUGAAAGAACAAUUAAGUAGCUACUGUGCAGUUGUGAAUAAUUAAGCAAAAAAAAAACAAAGCACCAUUUACAGCUUGAUCAGACAGCCAGUAGGUGUUGUCAGACGGUGGUGAGUUAAAAGGGAGGGGGGGUUUGGGCUGGGGGGUGUACCUGCAUUGGUUUGUAGUUUAUUACAAUAAGAAUUGUUAAUGUCAUGCCAUAUAAAUUAUUUAUAUUAAAAAUUUAUUUUUGUAGAUUGUACAGAUGUUAGUAUCUAGACUGAAGUUCUAUUUUUAAAGAGUGAAUAUAUAUUAUAUAUAAAUAUAUCUAUUUGUUGGCGAGUUUGUUUUGUUUUGUUUGCAUUUUGGGAUGGGGGGGGUGGUUGUGGGAGGGAGGGGUUGACAACACUUUAGAGCAGAGGACUAUUUUUCUGGUGGAGCAAAAGGGGGACAGUUUGGGGACCAUGAAGGAGAAGGUGUGUAGGAUUGUGACACAAUUACACCGUGUUUAUAAGUUUCCUCUUGGCCCUUCCUUCCUUCUUUAUUGUCAUUAAAAAAAAGAUGUUUUUGUCCAUGUCUACAACACUGUGACUUCCGAAAACUAUGCCCAAGAGAAAAAAAAAACCUCGUGUGACAGUUAUGUUCCCUCACAUGCUAUAGAAAUUUGACUAACAAAAUAAAUGGAAUGAAAAAAAAGUGA